AUGGCAUUUACACUAUACGACGCAACAAUUGUCGAGGCCAAGCUGGCCCUGGCAUCACUGGACAAUAUCCUCAAAGAGGCAGAGAAGCACGAAAAUGCAGCCAGUUUCCCUGAGGCGCGGCUUUACGAAGACAUGAACCCCCUGAGCUUCCAGGUCCACGCCGCCACUCGAUUCGCCGAGAAGAUCGUCGCCAGACUCUCUGGACGGGAGUCUGUCGAGUUCGAAGACAAGAUCGUCACCUUUGAGGACAUGCACGCGCGCAUUACCAAGGCUCAGGAGUUGUUAGCAAAGGCUGAUAAGGAUAUCGUGAACAAGCAGGGAGAGGAGGUUGCGCCGACAGCGUUGCCCUCUGCUGGAACGAUGGAUCUAACUGGAAAGGCGUUUGCCAUGGGUGCGGCUAUUCCUAACCUCAACUUUCAUCUAUCAAUGGCUUAUGCAAUUCUGAGAAAGGAGGGUGUGCCUCUGGGAAAGAAGGACUAUAUCACGCCUUUUGUUGGCGAGUACAUUCUCAAGAUGUAA